GUUUGUAGGAUGUGAGAGAGGAGGAGGAGGUGGUGGUGGUGGAGAGAGGGCAGCCGACGAAGAGAGCGGAGAGGAACGGGAUUAGGGGAGCAGGAGUAGAACGCGAUCGAGGGAAAGAGAGGAGGAGCGAGGAGGAGAGGGUACAGAGGGAGUCGGCGAGCAAGGGGGAGAGAGGCAGAGAGAAGGGAACAACUUCACACAGCCGGUCCUUCUUGCUGUGAAGGCGCGGGACUCGACUUGGAGCCUUCCGCUGCGAGUGGCGGCGUGGUUCGUGGUGAUGGCAUUCGCCGAAGGGGAAGGUGGCUUGGUCGCUUCGGCGAAUCGAGGUGGAUCUGCUGGAUCAAGGCGGUGAUGGUGGUGGUGGUGGUUGUGUGAAUCAAGACGCUGGAUCAAGGCGGUGAUGGUGGUGGUGGUUGUGUGAAUCCAGACGCUGGAUCAAGGUUGGAUCCUGCCCGGGGGGAUGAGAGUUGAGCUCUCCGUGGAGCUCACAGCAGCCGCUAGUGGCAUCAUCUCGUGAAAAGUCGAUGGUGGCCUCAAGGCAACUCUAGCGAGAGCCACCCGCCAAGUCACUGCAGCUCCACUGCUAGCGUGCUGCUGAUGCCAGCCACAGCAUGACCAGCGCUGAGAUCAAGAAGCCACCUGUGGCGCCCAAGCCGCGGCUCCCAGCGCCACCCCGGCCCUCCCAACCUCCCAGGCUGCCCGCCCCGCAGGUCAAUCACACCGACCGCGCCAACCACAAGGACCAGGGCGACCACACCGGGGAAAUAAUCCACGCAGAUCGAGCCAGCCACUCCGAUCAAAUCAACCACGCGCCUCAGGCGAAUCACGCGGACCAGACCAACCACACGGACCGGGUGAACGACGCCGAUCAAAUCAGCCAAACGGACCAGGCCAACCACACCGGCCAGAUCGCUCACGCCGGGCAGGCGAACCAUGCGUCGCCCAGGAGUCAGAAACCUCCCGUGGCCCCCAAACCUAAGGUGGCUAAGAAGCCGCCGGUGGCCGAGGUGAAGCCAACGCCGCAGCAGCAGCAGGCGGUAGCGGCGGUGGCGGCGGUGAGCCCGGCUGACGGCACCAAGCCGUGUCGCGAGUGCGGCAGCCGCAACCGCAAACCGGAUGUCCCGGCGACGGCGGCGCUGCUUGGCUCGUGCUGCUGCCACCGCCACCUGGAUUUCGGCGCCGCCCACGGGCUGGGGCCGACGCAGUGCGGCGAUGGCGGCGGCGAUGGCAGCUGCUGCCUGUGCGCCGUGAGCCGCGUGGCCGCGUCGUGCAAGGGCUGCGAGGCGGCAUGCCGGUUCCGGCGCGUCUCCGACCGGCACGACACCGCAAUCCAUGUGCACGGCUGUGAGGCGGUGGCGCUGUUGCUGCACCGGACAGAGUUUGAUGGCGGUGGCAGUGGCGACGCGGCGCAGCCGGAAUCGUGCCGCGCGGCACCGGCGCCCGGCUCGCCAAAGCCGUCGCUGCCACCGCCGCCGCCGCUGCCACCGCGUUUGCGGUCGCCGGAUCUGGGCGUUAAGGGAUCGGAGAGCCCGCCUCUCGCCGAGGUGGCGCCGCGCUUGCGCCGCGAGCCUGCGGAUGCACGGGCGGCGGGCGCCAUCCGCCCCGCGGCUCCUUCAGCGAAGGCCGGCGCGGAUCCCGGAGAACUCGCGCCGGACGGCCCGGCCGUGCGCGACCGCCGCUGCACUUCACCAGGCGGCGGCGCGAGAGGCACCGUCGAGGGAGAGCGAUCGGGCCGCCUCCCGGUCGCGGCGCCUCCGGAUGCGGGAUUGACGCCGCAACGUCCGGCGAGCGCCGGCAAGAGAUCGGGUGAGAGGUCGUCGGGCUCCCCCGGACGGCCGAGAGCGCGCGGAGAUGUCGGGGCCCCCGUCCCCAAGCCCAGGCGUCUAGUGCCAGCGCCUCACUUCCCGGACAGGGCCACGGAGAGCGUGGCCUCCGACGAAACGGGUCAUGACGACGACCUGCCGGAAGGCGAGCGCUUUGCCGACGGCGCGAUCGAGCAGAACUGCCCGCCGGCCCGGCUGCGUUCGCCCUCGGAGCUUGGCGCGCCGACGCCGACGGAAUGGCCGCAGGGUGGCUCGACGGCACGGGAUGUCGCGGGCGUGGACGCCGGCGGAGAAAUGGUUAGCAGCGGAAACCGGUCCCCGGCGGAACGCCCCGGCAACGAGUGCCGUCGGUCGACGACGUGCGGAAACGAACCCUGGCCUCCCAUCGGAGAACGGGCAGCGUUUGACGAGCACGUCACGCCGGGAGGCGCAGCAACCGAGCCGAGCGAGCUGGGCCAGAGGCUCCGGCGGCACGAGGAGGACGCGGAGCGGACGACCAGGGCCCCGCCGCUCAAACCGAAGCGGGGGGGAGGAAAUGUCCAGUCGCCGGCGCCCGGCACGGCCGCGGAGUUGGAGCGAGCCCAGCGGGAUGGCGACGCGGACCGGGCGGCGACGCGGAGGGGCGCCAGCGUUGGCGGCGGUGGCGGCGGUGUCCACUCGAUAGACCGGAGGCGGCCGAGCUUUGGGCCUCCUCCCCCGCCGACGCUCCCUCCCAAGAAGGAACAUUCGAGAGGCGACGACGCGGGCCGGAAGAGCUCCCGGGCGGCGGAGGCGGUGGCGGCGGCGGCAGCGGCGGCUUGCCUCAAGGACAUCCCGCCGCCGUUCCAGCCGGCCGACAUCACCCAGAGGCCGAUCGCAAAGUACUCCCCCCGACCGGCGGAGGGAGACGGGCGGAGCGGCGUCGUCGGCGGCAGUGGCGGCGAAGGGAAGAAGAAGAGCUCCUUCAGGAACUUCCUUCCGCUGCGGUUUUCGGGGAAGAGCAAGGUGGAGAUCCGGCUGUUUGGGAGCGCGGAGUCGCCACCGGCGCAGGGGGUUUGCAGGGACCUGCGUUGGCGAGGAGGGAGGCAGCAGCAGAGGGGGGAGCUCGCGACAUCACUCACACGGAGGAGCAGCGAGAGCCAGGUCCAGCGCAGCAAAGUGCGGACGUACACGCGCACAGGGUCGCGCAGGGUCACGCGGGACGACGGAGUGGUGGACCCCCCUCUCCCCCCGGGGCUCCGCACGCCGCCCCCCAAACCACGCUCCAUCUCCUUCCCGUGCGCCAGCACGCCCAAGCACGGGUGCGCCGACUCGGACGCCGCGUACAAGAGCGUGGAGCAGCGCGUGGAGCAGCGCGUGGAGCAGUGCGUGGUGGAGCGCGUGGCGGCGGUGCCGCCGCCACGCCCGCGUGGGAGAAGCCUUGGCUUCCAGGAUCUCCUCCGCGGUGGCGGCGGCGACCCCCGGUGGGGUGACCCUCGCGCGGAGGCCCUCCGCGGCGACUCCGACCGCCGCCACCGUGUUGACGGCGACGAUGACGACGACGAAGAAGAACCCUUCUCCUACGUGGACAUGAACUCCUUCCUGGACGCGGAGGACGGCAGCUUCUCGGUCGCUGGCGCCAGGACCGGCCGGAUGAAGAGCUUCGGCGACAGCAUCCAGUCGGACGAGGACGUUCCCGACACCUCGUCGGAGGAUAACGACGAGGACGACGAGGAGGAGGACCGGGAGGAGGAGAAGACUGGAUGCUCGAUGUCGCUCAAGGCGCCAGGAACGCUGCUGCGCCCGCGUGCUUCGCCGCUGAGCGAUGUGGAAGUGAAGAGAAACAAGGCGUUCCACAUCGCGCGCGAGAUGGUCAGCUCCGAGAGAGUGUUUGUUGAUGUCCUGAAGCUGCUACACAUUGAUUUCCGUGGCGCGGUGGUGAGCGCCGGCGUGGAGGCCGGCAAGCCUCUGGUGGAUGACAAGACGCUGUCCCAGAUCCUCCUCUACCUGCCCCAGCUCUACGAGCUCAACCAGAGCCUGCUGCAGGAGCUGGAGGAGCGCAUGGCUCACUGGGAGGAGGAGCGUGAGCGCAUCGCCGACGUGAUCAUGCGCAAGGGGCCCUACCUGAAGAUGUACUCCGCCUACAUCAAGGAGUUUGACCGCAUCACCCUGCUGCUGGACGAGUGCUGCCGCAAGUGCCCGCCGUUCGCCGCCGUCGUGCGGGACUUCGAGAUGAGCCCCCGCUGCGCCAACCUGGCCCUGAAGCACCACCUGCUCAAGCCGGUGCAGAGGAUCCCGCAGUACCGGCUCCUGCUCACCGACUACCUCAAGAACCUCACUCCGGAAUCCGCAGACUACAAGGACACGCAAGCCGCCCUGGCGAUGGUGAGCGAGGUGGCUGACCAUGCCAACGACAGCAUGAAACAGGGGGACAACUUUGAGAAGCUGAUGCAGAUUCAGUACAGCCUUACGGGACAUCACGAGAUAGUUCAGCCCGGGAGGGUCUUCCUCAAGGAGGGGACGCUCAUGAAGCUCUCGCGCAAAGUGAUGCAGCCUCGCGUGUUCUACCUGAUGAACGACACUCUGCUGUACACCACGCCGCAGCAAGGAGGCACCUACAAGCUGAACAACAUGCUGUCGCUCGCGGGCAUGAAGGUGAGCAAGCCAUCGCAGGAGGCCUACCAGAACGAGCUCAUCAUCGUGAGCGUGGAGCGGUCCUUCAUCCUCUCCGCCAGCUCGGCGAGCGAGCGGGACGAGUGGCUGCUGGCGAUCUCCUGCGCCAUCGACGACUACACACGCAAGCGCAUCUCCUUCACCCACACCUGCGGAGGCGCCGGUGGUGACGGUGGUGACGGUGGCGGUGACGGCGGCAGCGGCCAGAUGGACACGUUCCAGCGCUCCGAGUCCCAGCUGGGACACAAGGCUCCCAUCUGGAUCCCCGACUCGCGCGUCACCAUGUGCAUGAUCUGCACCUGCGACUUCACCCUAACCUGGCGCAGGCACCACUGCCGAGCCUGCGGCAAGAUCAUCUGUCAGGGCUGCUCCUACCACCGGUACCCGCUCAAGUACCGCAAGGAUCGUCCGGAGCGCGUGUGCGACCAGUGCUACGCGUCGCUCGGCAAACGCGACAAGACGGUGGUGCUGGGGAGGAGUCCCCCGUCUCAGAGUCGCUCGCCGGGGGGGGCGCUGUCGUCGGUGCUGCACAGCAUCACCCCCUCGCCCGGACGCAAACUCAAGAGGGUUCCCGCGGCACUCAAGCAGGUGGCGGGCACCGAGGGCUCGUCGAUGAGCGGCUACCUCCAGCGCUCCAAGGACAACCGCAAGCCGUGGCGGCGCCUCUGGUUCGUGGUGAAGGACAAGGUCCUGUACACGUACGCCGCCAGCGAGGAUGUGGUGGCGAUGGAGAGCCAGCCUCUGCUGGGCUUCACCGUGCAGGGCCCGACUGCUCGCGACUGCAGCUUCCAGCUUUUCCACAAAACCACGCUCUUCCGGGCCUUCCGCGCCGAGGACAGCGCCACCGCACUCAGGUGGGCAGAGGCCAUAAAGGCGGCCACGGUGCUUGAGACCGGCGAUCCGCUCUCACCCCCUUUCUGAUGCUGCGCCCCGUUCCUGCGACUGCCGGCGGCCGGCGGUGGCGGCGGUGGUGGCGGCGGCGGCGGAAGCCCUAUGUCGGCCGGACGUUUCUCUUCCGAGCCUCGCACCGACGAUUCGCCGCAUCUCCGAGUGCAGCCGCGAGUCGGGGUGUCACGAUUAAUGCGUGGGGUUGGGGUUGAGGUGGGGAGGGUGCCGAAAUUAAAUACAGAAUUGUUUCCCUGGGUGUUUUUGUCGCGGGACUGGACGGGUCGGCGUUGUGCGACCGCCGUAGGGAUUCAUGAUAGCGAUGCUGAGCGGGGGGAGCACGAGGGAGACGGGUUCGGGCUGUAAUGUGUCGGCUGCAGGGUAGGCCCCAGGGAUUCCAAACUCCGUUCCUUAUGUCCUAACGUGCUUCCCCUUUCCACCGCUGCCCGUCUUCUCCGUCGAAUCACGAGUGAAGUCGUUAUACGCUUGUCGCACAUGCCGGAUGAUUGCUAAACACGUACCCCGUACCCCGCCACCCCCCCCCAUCCCCGUCUUAAUUCGAGUUGGCGCUGUCUGAUGGUGCUGCCACAUUUCCCACGCGCGCACGCGGUGCUAUCUACGCCACGUGGAACGUACACUCGCGCUCUCUGAAUUUGAAUCCGUGCUCUCUGCGGCCUGUGUGGGCCAAAGAUGAAGAAGGCAAAAGUCCCCGCCUAUAGACGUCGCAGCAAAGUGCUGUUGGGGGAUCGUGCUGCUCGCGAGCACCUAUGAAGGGCCACGUGCGAGUCACGUGCAACGCACACACAGAGGAUCUCUUAUUUGGAAUAAUUCCUCUACGUGUCACGUGAGGCACGCAUGUACACACGUACAUGCGCGCAGUGCAGUCGGUGUUCUCCUAUAACGCGUUAGUAGUCGCGUUCCCGAAGAACACCGCGUUACGGGAAAGUCGCUUUCAAAUAAAUAAUGUAGGGCUAAAGCACAGUCCGCGAUAACACGCCAGAUGCGCACGCAGGUCGAAGAGAAAGACCGAGGCGCGUGGGUAGCAUUUUGAAGCAUCCAGCAGCAAUCCCGCCUUGUGCGACGAUGCUACGCCGAGGCAGCCGUACGACCGCUCGUUCCUACUCGCACUGCGACGCAUUUCCAUUGGCUCGAUCGCGUUAUAUCUACUUCGCACGCACGUUAUAAAAAAAAUUAUCUUCCCUACUGCAUUCAGCAUCUCGUUAUAUCCAAUUCGCGUCGUCAAAACAACACGUGGUGUUGUAGGAGAACAGACCGCAUCUCCAUUUGAAUUUGGAUCAGCGCUCUAUGUCAACGUGGAUCACGUUGACCAAUCAUCAGGUUUGUGAGGCGUGCACAGCUACCGAUUUACAUUUCGGAGGACAAUUGGGCGGCCGCGUGAUUGCAGUCGCUAAACGAGCGGCGGCGCAGCGGUUAGCGCACGGUGGUACGACGCUGGAUGAAGGUUAUAUACUCGUUGAGUUGCGUGACGGAAUGGAAGAGAGCAGGUCUCUCGGCUGUGGCAUUUUAAUUGUUUUUUUGAGUUUGCGGUAACUAUAUCCGUUCACACUCGCUAGUAUUGUAUAUUAAUGGCAGUAUUUGCAGAUUCAGUAAGGGAACAACUUGCAGUAUUGUAUCGGCUGAUGUCCUUCAUGUUAAUAUUAAUAUCACAGAGAUCUUGUCGGUUGAUUUUUUCCCCGUAACUAUUGGCCGGCGGCGGGCGAUCG